GGUUAGUUGCUCAGUCGGCGCCGGGAGCUGCUGCCAUGAGCUCGUUCGCUGGGCGAGAGCUGCUCAACCCGGCCAAUGUGAUGGAGGCGUCGUACGACGCUGGGACGACGCUGCAGCAGGACAACGGGCUCAACUUCCUCGGCAAGGAGGUUGACACGGGGACCACCAUCAUGGCCGUCCAGUAUGACGGCGGCGUGAUCGUCGGAGCCGACUCCCGAGUCUCCACCGGCGUGUACAUCUCCAACCGCGCGUCCGACAAGAUCACCGCUGUCGACGACCGGAUCUACUGCUGCCGCUCUGGCUCCGCCGCCGACACGCAGGCGGUGAGCGACUACGUGCGCUACUUCCUGGACCAGCACCGGAUGGAGUACGGGCAGCCGCCAAAGGUUGCCACAGCAGCCAACCUCUUCCAGAUGCUCUGCUACCAGAACAAAAACAUGCUCACGGCGGGCAUCAUCGUGGCCGGCUGGGACAAGGAGAAGGGCGGGCAGGUCUUUGCGCUGCCGAUCGGGGGCGCGCUGAUGGAGCGAGAGUACGCGACGGGCGGCUCCGGCUCGACGUACAUCUACGGCUUUUGCGACGCCUUCUUCAAGCCGGGCAUGACAAAGCAGCAGUGCGAGGACUUCGUGACGAAGGGCUUGUGCCACGCCAUGGCGCGCGACGGCUCCUCGGGCGGAAUCAUCCGGAUGGCCAUCAUCGACGAGAGCGGCGUGGAGCGAAAGUUCAUUGCGGGCGACAAGCUGCCGUACGGCCCGCUGUGAGGGUGCCUUGCAGAGGGGAAGCUCACCAUCCACCCCCACCCCCCUCGUGCCCACUCCCAUCCCGCCCAUGCUACAACUUGCUACUGUGCCGCAAAUUCUGGGGCGGCGAGAGAGUAUGCAGGGCCCGCAGGGGUGGGUUGCAGCGAGACGCAGACUCUUGCGCGCCCCGGUGGCGUGUACUUCGUUACGAUCCGCCUUGCGCUCUGUGCAACUCUCAAACUAAGUCCCGAUGGUAGCG